CCUCGUUUACCCGUCACAACAUCACUCCUUCAUCCAAACUACCCCAUUACCCCGCGCUUUAUCAUCCCGAGUUAUCGGCAUACUCCACGGAGUCUUUACCACCAAGUAUACUUAUCCUUUAGUGUCGCUGACUCUUUUGCGUAUGCUGGUUCAAUAAUCUACCGAGAUACCGAGCAACUUAGGCGGGAAGUUGAUGAUCUUCAAUACCAAAACGUAGCUGCAGGAGCCGGGAGAGUAUCCCAGCGCUCUAGUGGGUAUACAGCGGGGUGAGUGAAAGUGACGUGAUAAUGAAAAUUAUUUACUUCCGUAUCACAGUCUUUCUUUUCGUUUUCUUGUGGCAUUUUUCUAGUAUCUUUCAUGCUAUUUCCUGGGCCAUUGAAAUUUAUAGAACCUCCCCUCUAUUGCCCUCCUCACUUUCACAAAUUUAGCAACUUCGACUUCAAUAGAUCGUGAACGAGUCGUAAGACAAUUUAAUCCAAUUCGUCAUGCCAGUUCAAACUCCACCCCUAUGCAAGUCGGUAAUGGCAACUUCGCUUUCGGAGCAGAUAUCACAGGACUGCAAACAUUCCAACCGUUUGCAAUCAUGUCAUCUUGGGGAUGGCACAACUUCUCAUUGCCGACCGCUCCCGGACAGUCCAAGAUUUCAGAUUUCACGGGUCUAGAUUGGUGGACACAUGGAAGACUGGUCAAUUACAACCAACCAAACCCAGCAGAACCUUUGAUCUCGAAUUGGCUCAUCCAGAAUCCGCAACGAGUCAACUUGGGAAGAAUUGGUUUCUGGUUCCAAGACAGCCAGCACAUUACUGAAGCUAGCUUAUCAGAAAAAUCACAAACUUUAGACCUCUACUCCGGAAUCAUCACUUCAGAGUUCACUGUCCUCGGCUCCCAAGUCAGAGUCAGAACUUCAUCCGAUCCUGAUUCGGAUACCAUAUCCGUCCAAGUUGAAUCUAACCUCAUCGACUCAGGCCACUUAGGGAUCUUCUUCGACUAUCCCUAUCCCAUUGCUCAGAAAUUUGAUGCUCCAUUUGCAGGUGUUUGGAACGCCACUUCGAAACAUACCACUACUCUUCAACAGAGCGGAAACAGAGCUCAAAUCACCCACAACAUGGAUUCAACAACAUAUUACACGUCAAUCAAAUGGCAAGGAAAAGACUCCAUCACCGGGCCCCUACCAUCCUCACAUCGUUACAUUCUACAACCUUCUCCCAAGACCGGUAGCUCUCUCUCCCUCAGCGUCAAAUUCUCCCCAAACCUCACCCGCUCAAUCCCCAGUCCCAAAUCAAUCGCCAGAUCUUCCGCAAAAUGGUGGUCCAACUACUGGGAAUCAGGCGCCUUCAUCGACCUGACCCACACCAAAUCCCCCAAUGCAACCGAACUCCAACGCCGCAUAAUCCUCUCCCAAUACCUCCUCGCCGUCAACGAAGCUGGACACGACCCACCCCAAGAAUCCGGCCUCGUCAACAACGGCUGGUACGGCAAAUUCCACAUGGAGAUGAUCCUCUGGCACUCUGCGCAAUGGGCGCGCUGGGGAAAAUGGGAGAUUUUCAAUCGAGCUAUUCCGGGUGUAUAUGAGCGGUUUUUGGCGAGCUCGUUGGAUAGAGCGAGGGAGAUGGGGUGGAAGGGGGCGAAGUGGGGGAAGAUGAGUGAUCCGACGGGGAGGAGCGCGCCGGGGGAGAUUAAUUCGUUGUUGAUAUGGCAGCAGCCGCAUCCGUUUUAUUUUGCGGAAUUGGAGUGGAGGGCGUUCCCGACGAGGAAAACGUUGAAGGAGUGGGAUGAGGUGUUGACGAAGAGUGCGGAGUUCAUGGCGGAUUUUGCUUGGUGGAAUGAGACGGCUGGGCACUACGAUCUCGGGCCCCCAAUGUACCCCGUCAGCGAAAAUACCAACCCAAAUGCCACCAUAAACCCAACCUUCGAACUCGCCUACUGGCACUUCGGUCUCAAUAUCGUCUCUCUCUGGAAGACUCGGCAGAACAUGUCAAUCCGAUCAACAUGGACGCACGUCAACGACAACCUCGCACCUCUACCGGUCAUAAAUGACACCUACGCAGUCUAUCAAGAUAUCCCCAACAUGUGGAUCGACCCCAAUACUUACUACGACCACCCAGGUAUGACUGGCAUUUAUGGUCUCCUCCCUCCCGGACCCGGUCUCAACCUCACCGUGAUGCGCAACACAGCCGAGAAAGUGCGAGAAAUCUGGGAUUUCGAAAAUCUUUUCGGAUGGGAUUUCCCCAUGUUGGCUAUGAAUGCUGCCAGAUUGGGGGAUAGUGAACAGGCUGUGAAGUAUCUUUUGGAUGAUUUGUGGAUGUUUGAUGAUGUGGGAAUGCCCGUGGGAGGGGUGAGGGUACCGACGCCGUACUUUCCGAGUAGUGGGGGUCUGUUGCUUGCUGUGGCUAUGCUUGCGGGUGGUUGGGAUGGGUGUACUGUGGGGGUGAGUAGGUGGCCUAAGGGGUGGGAUGUUAGGAGUGAGGGAUUUGAGAAGGCGUUGUAGUACGUUAACGUCGUGAUGCUCCAAAGUAAAUAAAAAGUUGUGAUAUUAAGC